CGGCGGUGUGGGCCGCCACGUCACCACUGCUCUCCCUUCCUUCCUUGCCGGGUGCGCGUCAAGAUCCGUUAAGAGGCGCUCUCCCUCCCUCCGGCGAACCGACGGCGCGGCCGGCGACCGAAGAUGUUCCUGGUGGACUGGUUCUACGGGGUGCUGGCGACGCUGGGGAUGUGGCAGAAGGAGGCCAAGAUCCUCUUCCUCGGCCUCGACAACGCCGGCAAGACCACGCUCCUCCACAUGCUCAAGGACGAGAGGUUAGUUCAGCAUCAGCCUACACAAUAUCCAACUUCUGAAGAGCUGAGCAUCGGGAAGAUCAAGUUCAAGGCAUUUGAUUUAGGAGGCCAUCAGAUUGCCCGCCGCGUGUGGAAGGAUUACUAUGCAAAGGUUGAUGCAGUGGUGUACCUUGUGGACGCGUACGACAAGGAGAGGUUUGCCGAAUCCAAGAGAGAGCUCGAUGCCCUCCUUUCAGAUGAUUCCCUGGCUACGGUCCCCUUCCUGAUCCUGGGGAACAAGAUCGACAUCCCCUACGCCGCCUCUGAGGAGGAGCUCCGCUACCACAUGGGGCUGAGCAACUUCACGACCGGCAAGGGGAAGGUGAAUCUCGGCGAGACCAACGUCCGCCCCCUCGAGGUCUUCAUGUGCAGCAUCGUCCGCAAGAUGGGUUAUGGCGAUGGGUUCAAGUGGAUGUCGCAGUACAUCAAGUAGGUUAGUGCAUGCGCAGUCGCAUGUGGGAUAAAAAGGGGAAAGGUUGUAUGGUUUAAGCUGUCCUGAUUAUACUCCUGUUUUACCACAAGAGAGUUAGGGAGCUUAGCUGGUGUUGGUGCCGAUACAUAUGUGAUGUAAUGGAUGUAGUGCAAAGUCUGGGGAUUCUGUCUUAGAUUUUAAUUUUGUUCAGUUACAGUGUGAUCUGAAAAAAAAAAGUAAUAUGAUUUAAACUCCAAUGCUA